GGUAGCAUUGAAGAUUUGAUUUCUCAAAACCAGAAGAAACGGUUAUGUUUCCCAAAUCUCAGGAGUAUCAGUUUCUAAGGAAAUUGGUCGAAGGAAAUUGAUCAGAAUGAGGAAAAGAAUAAACUGAAAAGCAGGAAGCAAUUAUUCAAAGAAAAGGAAGAUUUUUCUAAACGGCAAAAAACUUUAAUGCAAGGUAGAAAAAGAAUUAUGUCUUCUUCAGAUGAAUCCGAUCUCGAGUUAAUAGAAACUGAUUCUGAGGAUAUGUACGAAGACACUUUUCAAGAAAAUGUUUUAUCACCUCUGGAAACGAGAAAUGAAGGGAGAGUAAAAAGACACUUCGGAAAUGUCGAUCUGAAAAGAAAACGACAUGCAACAGCAUCAUCAGGAAACGGCUUCAAUUUAUCUAAAAGAAAUGAAGAAAUUUCAAAAACUCAUCCGACUGGAAAACUUGAUGCAACACUAGUAGACGAUUCAACCACUAGAGGUAGUCAAACUUUUAGUCAAAGAGGUGGAGAAACUUCAAACGGUGUUUUAACUCGCGAUCGGAGACCUGAUGAAAUUUCUAGAAGAAAUGGCACUCCUGAUAGAAAAGGUGUCGAAACUAUUAGAAGUGAUCGAACUCCCAGUCGAGGAGGUAUCCAAACUCCAGAAGGUGGUACAACUCCCGUUCUAAGAGGUAGCGUAAUCCGUGGGGAUGAUGGAACUCCAGAAGAUGGUCCGAUUUCUACUCAUAAAGUUGAUGGAACUCCUGAAGGUGAAAAAACACCUAAACAAAAAGAUUCCGUAACUCAAGGAGGGGAUCGAACUGACAGUCUAAAAAGUACCCAAACUCUAGAAGAUAGUCCACCUCUUAAUCGAAGAGGCGAUCAAACUCCAAUACUUAGAGAUGGCGUGACUCGAGGAGGAGGUCGAACUCAUAGUGCACUAGGUAUCCCAACUCCAGAAGUUAGGCCAACUUCUAAUCGAAGAGGUGAUCGAACUCCAAUACGUAGAGGUAGCGCGACUCGAGCAGGAUAUCGAAGUCGCAGUCCGGGGGGUACCCCAAGUUCAAAUCGGAGAGGUGCUCGAACUCCAAUACGUAGAGGUGGUGCGACUCGAGGAGGAGAUCGAACUCGCAGUCCAGGGGGUACCCCAAGUCCAAAUCGAAGAGGUGCUCGAACUCCAAUACGUAGAGGUGGCGCGACUCGAGGAGGAGUUCGAACUCGCAGUCCAGGAGGUACCCCAAGUUCAAAUCGAAGAGGUGCUCGAACUCUAAUACGUAGAGGUGGCGCGACUCGAGGAGGAGGUCAAACUCAUAGUUCACGAGGUAUCCCAACUCCAGAAGUUAGGCCAACUCCUAAUCGAAGAGGUGAUCGAACUCCAAUACGUAGAGGUGGCUCGACUCGAGGAGGAGGUCAAGCUCAUAGUUCACGAGGUAUCCCAACUCCAGAAGUUAGGCCAACUCCUAAUCGAAGAGGUGAUCGAACUCCAAUACGUAGAGGUGGCGUGACUCGAGCAGGAGAUCGAACUGACCGUCCAAGAGGUAUCCCAACUCCAGAACGUAGGCUAACUCCUAAUCGAAGAGGUGAUCGAACUGCUCGACGCAGAGGGGACGUAACUCGUGAAGGGGAUCGUUAUGUAGCAGAUGAGAAUGAAGAAGUUUAUCUUGGCAGUAAUUAUUUCAUCCAGGAGGACACUUGGCUGUUGAUGUUAAUGAAAAAUGACUCGAAAUUUGUCAGAGACAUGUCUGAAAUUCUGUGGGGCAAGAACGUUCUUAAAAAUAGAUACAUGAAAGAAAACCCAAGAGGCCAAAGAGAAAACAUGAAAAUAUUGACUCCUGACAAGUAUCAACUAGUUAAAGAUGCCCUAAAAUAUAAGUUGAAAUAUAAAAAUAAAGCUUCUGGGGAUAAUCGCGCAGUGCGAAUGAAACGCAUAUGGAGUCACAUGUCACAAAAAAUAAAUGACUGUAAGAGGAGAAGAUAAAAACUACACUAC